CCAGAAGGACCCCUGGCGUGGAACCCACGUGGGUUACAGAAACAUGGCGGGCCGACUGCUGUUAGUUGCUGGCUGCUAUGAGCAAAUCGCGCUUGGGUUUCGCGUACAGACAACGGAGGAGACAUGGAAUCCAGUGCCAGACUUUACCCACCAUGCACAUACUGCAUCAGUAUCUGCAGUUGCAGUGAAUGAGCGCUACAUAGCAACAGGCAGCAGGGAUGAGUCCAUUCAGUUAUAUGACAUGAAGAAAAGAGUGGAUCAUGGAGCCUUGCUACACCAUAACGGUACGAUAACUUGUCUGGAGUUCUACGGCAGUACACAUCUGCUUAGUGGUGGAGAGGAUGGACUCAUCUGCGUUUGGAACACGAAGAAGUGGGAGUGUUUGAAAACCAUCAAAGCCCAUGUAGGUCAUGUGACUUCGCUUGCUGUGCACCCAUCUGGAAAGCUUGCUUUGUCAGUGGGGACGGACAAAACUCUCCGAACAUGGAAUUUAAUAAAUGGCAGAUCUGCAUUCAUCAAGAACAUAAAACAAACUUCUCACAUAGUUGUGUGGUGUCCCAAAGGUGAAAAAUAUGUUGUGGUUGUGAAUGACAAAAUCCACAUUUAUAACUUGGAAACUGCAUCCAUAUCUGGAACAAUUUCUCACCCAAAGAGGGUUUUGGCCGUUAAAUUUGUAACGGAUUCUGUUCUUGCUGCAGCAGGAGAUGAAGAAACUGUCAGGCUUUAUGACACUAAAUCUCUUCAGAUUUUGUGUGAGUUUAAAGCGCAUGAGAACAGAGUAAAAGCUUUAUGUGGUUUUACUCUACAUGAGAGUAAUAUCCUAGUAACAGCUUCCAGCGAUGGAUUCAUUAAGAUGUGGAGGGUUAACUCUAAAAAGUUUCAGGAAUGCCCAACUCUCCUUGGUGAAGUUAAUACAACAGCUAGACUGACCUGCCUGGCCGUAUGGAAGCCCAGUCUGAUGGACAGUGUGGAGACAAAGAAGACUGAAGCAACUUGCUCUGAAGGUGUUGAAGAAAGCCUGCCGCAACCCAAGAAGUUGAGAAAAGUUUCAGAAAAGCCUUCUGAAGAAGUGUUGGUGGAAGUUGAAACAGAGAAAAAAAGAAAAAAGAAACUCCGAUUCAAAUAAUUUUCUUUCUUUUAAUCCUAAGACUCUCUUUGGACUAUUUUUGGCUUUAUUCAUUUUUUUUAUCUGAAUAUACAGCAGAUAUAAAAAAAUAUAUUUAAAA